AUGCGCCUUUUCAAGUUUGUACCUACGACUCUACUUUUGCUCAACACCGUCACUGCAGCCCCAACCGUCAUCACCAACCCAACUACUACUUCAGUUGCUGCCUUGAUUGAUUCAAUUCUGCACGAUGUCUCAUCAAUCCUGGGUGACGCGACAAGCACUGGACCUGCAACUGCCAACCUGAAAGACCCUGCAGAGGCGGUCCUCAGGGUCAGAUCCAUGCUUGUCAACGAGACCACGGCCUCAAACAGCACCAAUUCAGCCGAUCUCAGCAAAAACUGCACAUGUUCCAUCCUGCCAGGUUACGAAUCGGAGAAGUGCACUCAGGACUGUGACUGCUGUGCAACCUGGGGGGGCGUGAAAGCUCGCUGCUACCCCGACGACGCCGAAAGCAUUUUCCCGUGGGUCAUCAACAACUAUUGCUCGUCAGAUUGCUGUGACUAUUGA